AUGUGUCUUCAAGCACGGGACAUCACCAUCGGGGCGGCCAACAACACUCUGCCUUCCUAUGUCCCGUUCAACGACCUUCCCGAAGCGGUCGACCUUAGCAACCCUUUCCUGAUGCAGCACCAGGAGGUCGAGUCGCCUGUGGGACCAUUGCCACCGUCUGGCAGCGGACCUGGCCCAACACCGCUCGACACCAGCAUUCAGAUGACCAUCAUCGACGACACAGUUACCGAAGGCCGUCCCCUCUUCUACGUUAUGACGUGCUCGCUGGACGUCGUCAUCUGGGCCGUAUUCUUUGCUCCGCUCUUGACAACUUUGUGCGUCAUGGAUAUUCUGUGA